UGAAAGAAUCAUUUUCAUAUAAAAACGACAAUACCUAGUUUCAUUCCUUCUGGCACUUGUUGAAGAUAGAUUCCACAUGAAAAACACUUGUAGGACACUGCACGUGUAAUCCAGAGAGAGAAAAAAGAGUGUGCACAACACUUUGAAUAGACUCCCUUAACCAUAGCUUAUUGAAGGAAUCAUUUUCCUACAAAACAUUCCCUUCACAAUUUAAUUGCCAAACACAAACACAAACACUUGUGUUGACCAAACCACAAACACCUGCUUCCUGCUUCUAUCUUCUGAAUCCACCCUUUUUUCCAUGUUCACAUGGCCUAGAAUUUUCUUGUUCAAGAUUGAGCUACAUAACAACAACAACAUAAGAUCAAGAAAAACCAAAAUCAAGGUUGUUUCAAAGCCAUCGAUUAAAAGGGGUUAUGGAAGGAGAGAGAGGUGUUAAUCCCAGCUAUGAUCUUCAAGUUUCAUUCACCAACACCCCUCAAGCCAUCCAUGAAAUGGGUUUUGUCCCAUUUGAAGAAAAUCAGGUUCUUAGCUUCUUAACACCCUCAGCUCAAUCCCAAUCUUCUCAGCUCUCUCUGACCGGAGGCGGCGGUGGUCGUGACAACACCGCCGCGGUCACCACCACUGUCACUACUACUACUACUUCUGGAUCAGUUGGUUUUAACCAUAAUGACCUUGCUUCCAGAACUUCUUGGAACAAUGAACAGGUGAGAACCCUGGAUCCUAAUAAAGCUGUCAAUGAUGAAAAUUGCACCGGAAAUACAAGUGAUGGCAACAACACAUGGUGGAGAAGUUCAGGGUCAGAGAAGAACAAGGUGAAAGUGAGGAGGAAGCUGAGGGAACCAAGGUUUUGUUUUCAGACAAGAAGUGAUGUGGAUGUGCUUGAUGAUGGUUACAAAUGGAGGAAGUAUGGUCAGAAAGUUGUGAAGAAUAGCCUUCACCCAAGAAGUUACUACCGUUGUACUCAUAACAACUGUAGAGUGAAGAAAAGGGUUGAAAGACUCUCAGAAGAUUGUCGAAUGGUAAUAACAACCUACGAAGGAAGACACAACCAUUCUCCUUGUGAUGACUCAAAUUCAUCAGAACAUGAAUGUUUCACUUCUUUUUGAAUAUGCUUUCAGUAAUUAAUUAAUUAAUAUAUAUUUAUGUACUAAUAAUUAUUUAGAUGUGACAAUUCUUCAUGAGGGAUUAUAUUGUUAGUGAGCUCAACAAUCACUCUUUCAUGGAUGAACUCAUUUGUAUGUUGUCUAUACAAAUUAUAAGGUUUAAAUCAAGUU